GAGUAAUAUGUAUAAAAAGAAAGAAAAAAGUAGCCCUAUUUUGGAUAUAGACAAGUUCCCACAGGACCAACUUAAGCAACUAUCUAUUCAGGGUGUUCUUCCAGACGCAUUAUGUGUCUCUGUCUGAGAGAGUCACCAAUUAAUUGCAAUGAUCGAUCUUUACGGUGACCUACAGAUUUAUGAUAUGAUAAAGCAUACAAAAAUUGAGUAUUUCUCAAACAAGUUUCAUUCAGAAGAGAUUGAGUAUGCAUUAGACCCCAAUAACUCUCAUGAUAUUUACUAUAACCUCCACUUUUGUUGAGGGACUUGGAACAAUCGACGAGAAGAGGAAGAAGAGAAAGGAUCAGAUGAAGAAAGAAAACUCAACCAAAAUAAUGAGAUUAUCCUUUGUUUCAUCAAUGGGUAUCAGAACAAAAUUGUCACUUAUUCUUUAACUCCCAAGAUAUCGGUGAAGAGAGAAGUCAAAGUUCCUUAUCCUUUUGCAAUAACUUGCAGUGCAGCAACUGAGAACUCAGAGUUGAUAAUGCUCGGUAAUACAGUUGGAUGUAUCUCUUUCUACGAUCCUGUGAGUGGGACUUUCUUUAGUCUAAGAGUGGACUACUCAGAUGUAAUAGAAGAGCUUAUGCCUCUAAGAACAAAGGUAAAGAACAUCUCCCAAAGCCCUAUCUUCGCUCCAAUGAUGCACAAAGAUUCUGAGAUCAAGAGCGAUAACGGAGUUGUAUUAAUUAAGAGUGAUAUUUCAAGCAAUGCAAGACUUUUGGUAGCCUACAGAAAUAACCUAGUGGUUCUUUAUGAUCUCACCAAGAAAGAAGUCCUUCAUGCCUUUGACAUCCCAGAGGUAUUCAGAGAGAAUAUUGACGGAGAUGGUGACAUGACAAAGCCUAUCAUUAGCGAUACCAGCAUUUGCAUUGAUGGGAAAUACAUCUUAGUCUCUGUCCUCAGCGGACAUAUUUUGAUUUUUAAGAUCUCAAAGAAGACUUCUAAAUGGGCUGAUAAAUGAGAAGUAGUCAAACAAGUUAGUCCUGAGUCUGUAAACUUCUUGAAAGUGCAUCCUUACUGGAAGAAUAAAUCUAGCAAAGAAUUGUACUCAAAGACAGGCCAUAAUUGAUUCAUAUCAGUUUCUGGCAAGCAAGUCGAGCAUAUUGACAACAUUGAAUCCGAAUUGAGUGUGCAAAAUUAUACUCAGCUUACUCAACAACACUUCGAGAUUGGUAAAGAUGUAGAGGAGAAUGAAGCCUCUAAACUAGCAAUGGAGUCUAAAAUACUUUUACAUAAGCCGUUCUUUUGACUUCUUAGUCCCACUUGGAAGCUCAACAGCAAAGAUGAUUUAAAUGAGCUAGCUCACCAGAUAGAAGUUAAGGAGAAAGAUAUUGGAAAGAUUGAAUUUAUUGAAUGUUUCAACAGCCUUUUCUACUCUCAGACAAAUGGGAUAGCUGAAAUACAAGUGUAUAAUCACAGAAUAGACCCUCUGAAUGUAGAAAAUGUCCCUAUGAAUAUCUAUAAAUAACCCUGAAAUGACUGAAAGACAGUGAACUAUAUCAAAAUUAUGACAAGCAGAUCCUCAUACUAUUCAUAGAGUUAAGUUGCCAGGCAAGGAAGGUCUUUCGCUGCUCGCCUUAAGCACUGAAUCAGAAAUAGAGUUAUACUCAUAUGAUUAUAAAUCUGUGAGCCUCUUCCAAAAGCUACCUUGAACUUCUAAAAUAAUCCACUGAGAAGGUCAGUUCCUUACAACAGAGAGCACCAUCUUAGAACUUGGGUGGGAGGAAACUGAUCUAGUGAUCAAGAACACCUGUAAACUCCCUGAAGGGGUCAAGUUCAGAGCCCAGAAAUACUUCACCAUGAAAGGAUCCGAUAGUGUCUGAUGCUGAGCAGUAGAUUCUUCUGGAAAUAUUCUGAUUUUCGGUGUUUUUAAGAGUUUCUCUGGAGAAAGUCUUCAAGAUUUCCUCCGAAAUCAGGGAAUUUUCAAGAAAAAUGUACUUGACAAAGACUUAAUGGAGACCUCAGUCAGAGAUAUUGAUAUUCAGAAGGUCCAGAAAGGUCUGAAAGUUGUUAUAUAUGGCAAUGAAGGAGUCAUAAUUGAAUGAUUGAUUGAGACACAUGAAGGUAAUAGAUUCACUCAACAGAUAUAUGAUACGCAAGUUAAAUAUGCGAUUAAAGCUAAUUAUUGCGCAGAAUUUGAUUGAUCUGUACUUGUUUGAAGAAAAGAAAUACAUUUAUAUUGUCACAAGACAUUUGAGAAAGAGACUUAUAACCUCAAGGGUGUUUCCAUAAGACAAAAUCACAUAAAAUUCAUAAGCUUCCAAAAUAACACCUUGACCGUCCUGGGUAUAAAAAUCCCAUCCAAGCCCAUUCCACUACUCCAAAUCAUCCAAAUCAGCCUACAAAACUCUAAAACGCUCACUCCCACCUUAAAAACCCAAAUUCACCCUAAAAUUUCCUGCUCCCAAAUCCACUUCCUUGGACCCCUCCAUCCAGCCUCAAUAGGCUACCUUCUGCUCACAGACACCUCACUCUACACACUUCACCCUCCAACUCCCUCAAAUCUCCACCUCUCCACUUCCUUCUGGCUAGAAGCCAAGGCUAUUAAGGAUAAAUAAAAUCACCCAGAUUUCAAAUAAGUCCAAUUUUAUUAAGAAGUUGUUCAAGAAAGCGAAGCAUACAUUCUCUGGUCAUGACUCUGGUCCAAGAGACUGCAUCACCCAUCUCUUGCAGGAAGAUCAUCACUCUGAGCUAGAGAAGGAGGAGAAGAAGAAAAUAGCUGAAAAGCUUGAAGAACAAAACAAAAAGAAACUUGGCCUUGACACUAAGGAGGAACAUAAAGUGGCUUCUACUACACAAACUUCGCAAGCACAGAAUCAAGCCGAUGAAGUUAAGGCUCAGCUACAGAUGAACAUCCAGGCACUAAAUGAGAGAGGAGAUCAGAUUGAUGAAUUAGGCGAAAAGACACAGCAGCUCAAAGAUGCCUCUAUGAACUUCUUGGAAAGAGCUAAGCAACUUAAUCAGCAACAGAAGAAGUCCUUUUUCGGAUGGUAA